CGUGCGAUGUAAGCUGCCCAUUUCUACCUCCCCUCAUGACGCCUGUGUCAGUAACGAACUGGUGGCGUGGUAGACGCAUUACCUAGGCAUGCUAGGGUAGAGGGCGAAGACAACUGUGAAGGUGGCGUUGGCCCCCCUCUCCUGCCAACCGACAGACCGACAGCGCUUCCGUUCAAUCAGAUUAACCGGUCGCAGAAAGGGCUAAGAGGUCUUGCAUGAUGUCUGGCCCCGCCGAUCUGAAGUUCUCCGCCGGGGAUGGAUGCACACGACUCCCGUCUUAUGGAGGGGUCAUCUGGAUUUUGAGAUAGGGAAAUAGACGCUGAAUGCGGCAGUGGUUCAAACUGCCGGAGUGCAAUGACAAAGCGCAACAGAGGGUGCAAUGGCAGGAUGCAAUACGCCGCUCUGAAUCCGAAAUACGUGGACCGGUUGAACAAGUUCAUUGCUGACCCUGACAACCCAACGAGCACCGAGAUUGCCGCUCUUGCUGCGGACGACCCAAAGACGGCCAACGGCAAGCCAAUCUACAACGGGUGGUACAACGCAGCAGAAAUCUUUGGCCGAAGGCUGAACCAUGCCCAGGUGCUCAGGCAGAUUUCGGACGGGAGCCGCAUAGUCCAGUCACGGGCGGACACCCUGGACCUCAAUAACCCAGCCGUGCUCGACAAGUGGUGGCCUGAUGGAUGAAAACUAUGUAUGUACCUUGCCGCACUCAGGGCCCGGGAGCAAGACCUGCAGAGCUUCCCGAUCAAGGCGGUGAACCCUCAUUCAACAAUGAAGUUUGGUGUAGAAGCUAGCCUCAAACCCAUCCCGGGCACCACCAUACCGACGAUAGACUGGUUCAAGACGUUGAUGAGCUUUAAGGGACAGGGCGGGACGUUGGAGGACUUCAAACCGAUUUUGCAGACUGCCCGGACGCAUGGAAUUUUGGGCAACUGGAAGCCAGGGAAGCAGCACGAUGACCUCGCCAGGUCACUGCAGCAGUCUUACUCUGCGCUGGGACGCCGUCCGG